UCAGUGUACAUGCAUUGUGCUUACUACAGAGCCGAGGGACUGUGUGACGGACCGGUCGGCUAUAAUGGACAUAAGGAAAGCGAAAAUCGGCUCAAAUGUGGAUAUACACAAAUGAUUCGGAUUAAUGCGUGUUUGUCUGGCUUAUUACUGACCUUUUAAAGGAGCUACCGCCAUGAAAAUGGGACGGGGAUGUCUGAUCAGAUCCUUAUCUUUCUUACCUUAGUCUGCUGUGAACUUACUCAAUGGACACGAUGCUGCUGGCUUCGGCCGUGGUGGUGUGGGAAUGGCUGAACGAGCACGGCCGGUGGAGGCCCUACAGCCCAGCCGUUUCUCAUCACAUCGAGUCGAUGAUCCGGAGUGAAGCCCGCGGAGGAAGCAUCGUGCUAGGCCAAGCCGACAGCCGCCUCUCGCCCUAUAUCAUCGAUCUCCAAUCAAUGCAUCAGUUCAGACAGGACACAGGUACUUUAAGGCCGGUACGACGAAGUUUCUAUGACCCCACAUCAGCACCAGGCCAGGGCUGGCUGUGGGAGUGGGAAAAUGAUACUGGUUCUUGGACACCGUAUGACAUGGAGGUUUGCAUUGCCCUGCAAGCAGCAUUGGAUCAGCAGCAGCUCUGGCUAGAUUUGGCACCGCUCGGUUUUUGCUACCUCGUGGACUUCCAGAGCAUGACUCAGAUUAACCAGCAAACACAGAGACGUCGUCGCAUUCAGAGACGCUUAGAUAUGCCUUACCCGUUGGUUUCUGGGGCACUUACAAAAGCCACCCAAGGUGGAGGCAGUGGUCCUGGAGGUGCAGCUGGUGGCGGGAACACAGCUGCAGGUUCAACUGGAGCACUUUUGGGAGUUGGAGUCUCUGGUUCUAGUUCAAAUGGAAACGGUGGUGUUAUGUAUCCCAGUGGAAGUGUUUCAAUGUCAUCUCUCAACCCUCUCGGACAGCCUUGUGCUUGCCAACAGUGUAUGCUUGUCUUAAGUGUUAAAGCAAAUGCCAUGGCAUCGCAAACGCUAGGACGCAGACUUCCCCCUUCAAAAGCACCCAGUCCAAAUCCCAACCGAGGGACACUUUCAUACGCAGCUACUUCAUCAUCCAUACAGAAUUCCUACUCACAAACACUGCCUCAUGGACUGUCCUUAAAGCGUUCCCUCUCACAAGAGCGUAAGAAUGCUGCUGCCUUUGCUCAUUCACUGUCUAUGGUCACCUCAAACACUGCCACUCUUUCGCUGUCCUCUAAUCGCCCGCCACCUCCACCUAUGCCUCCUCCUCCACCUCCACCAGCAUCCUGUCAGCAGUCUUCAUCUAUGUUAAGCUCCACCUCAACAACAUCUCCUCCAUCAGUGCCAACUGCAACACUUAUAACUGUAGGCACAACCACCACGUCAUCCACAAUGUCUUCAACAACAGCAGUUCCACCCCAGCGUUCUGCAGCCUGUGCCGCUCCUCUUCCCCCUCGCUCAAGUCUUGCUGGACUGAGUCGACCAGCGCUGCAAAGAAUUGCCAUGGCACAAUCACGGGCACUUAUUGCCUCUGGUGUACCUACAGUGCCAGUGAAAAACCUUAAUGGUUCCAGUCCCAUCCAUCCAGCUUUAGCAGGGAUCACAGGUAUUCUGAUGAGUGCAGCAGGGCUACCGGUGUGUUUAACUCGUCCUCCUAAAUUGGUGCUGCACCCUCCUCCGGUCAGCAAGAGUGAUAUUAAACCCAUUCCUGGCCUUGGACACUGCUGCCGCAAAACCACCAAAAAGCAGGCUCGUAAAGGCAAGACCCCUGAAGAUGUAGUAAAGAGGUACUUACAAAAAGUCAGGAAUCCCCCUGAAGAGGAUUGCACUAUCUGCAUGGAGCCUCUGACGGGCCCCUCUGGCUAUAAAGGUCCAGGUGUGGGCGGUGUGUCACGUGCAGAGUCUGUCGGUCGACUGGCACAGUGUGGUCAUCAAUACCAUCUGCAGUGCCUGGUGGCCAUGUACAACAAUGGCAACAAAGAUGGCAGUCUGCAGUGUCCCACGUGCAAGACCAUCUACGGUGUGAAGACAGGUAACCAGCCGCCUGGCAAGAUGGAGUACCAUGUUAUUCCACACUCGCUCCCGGGGCACCCUGACUGCAAAACCAUCCGCCUCAUAUAUAACAUACCACCUGGCAUACAGGGCCCCGAACACCCAAACCCAGGAAAAUCCUUCACAGCAAGAGGAUUUCCACGGCACUGCUAUCUUCCAGACAGUGAAAAAGGACGCAAGGUGUUAAGGCUUUUGUUGGUAGCAUGGGACAGGAGGCUGAUUUUCUCAGUGGGUACAUCCAGCACCACAGGCGAGUCAGACACGGUCAUCUGGAAUGAGAUUCACCAUAAAACGGAGUUUGGCUCCAAUCUCACAGGCCAUGGCUACCCUGAUUCUGGCUACUUGGACAAUGUGCUGGAAGAAUUAAAGGCCCAGGGAAUCACAGAAGAGGAUGGACAGCAGCUAUGAGGUGCAGGAGUAAUGAGGAGAAGAGUCUAAGGUUCAAACAAAGGCUGGAGCUGUGAGAGCUGGACUUGGAUUGGGAGGAGAGGAUUGUUAUGUUUGAGAUGGUUACUGUUUUUGGGAGGGUUGUUUCUGGGGCACAAGCAUGUUUGUUAGUGUGUGUGUGUGUGUGUCUGAAUUAAUGAGCAAAUUAGAGAAAAUAAAAAGCAGUAUUCAAGUGCCA